CAAAUGUCAAACACUAUCAAAUUUCACAGUGUUUCUUAUAAAAAGCAGUUAGUGAUGUGGCAGUAAGAGAGAGAAGAAAAAACGCAUUCUUUAUCAUUUUUAACGCUAUUGAUUUACUUUAAAUUGCGAUUUUGAAGGAAUUAUUCAGUAGAAUCUACACACUGUUAAAUUCACAAAACAUGGCUAGAAUUCUUUUGCAUCUGUUGAUGCUGAUUUCUACAACGAUUCCAAGUUUUUGUUUUGAAAAGGAUAACAAAGAACUGCUACUUGUGACCAUAGCAACAGAAGAAAAUGAUGGUUUAAGAAGAUAUAUAAGAAGUACAAAGAAGUAUGACUUGGAAACAAAGGUUUUUGGUUUAGGUUUAGAUUGGCGUGGCGGGGACAUGACCAACACUGGCGGGGGUCAUAAGAUCAAUAUAUUGAAAGAAGAACUGUCCCAGUAUAAAGACAGAAGUGACUUGAUUCUUAUGUUUACAGACAGUUAUGAUGUUGUUGUCACAGCUGGAGCAUCAGAGAUUCUAGAAAAGUUCAACAAGUUUGAUGCACGUGUAGUUUUCUCUGCUGAAGGAUUUUGUUGGCCGGACAGGUCAUUAGCGAGCUCGUAUCCUGAUGUGAAAUUACAUGAGAAGAAGUAUCUUUGUUCAGGAGGAUUUAUUGGGUAUGCUAAGGACGUGUAUGAAAUUAUUUCCCACAAUGCAGUAGCAGAUAACGAUGAUGACCAGUUAUAUUACACUAAAAUAUUUCUAGACAAAUCUCUCCAGGAGAAGUGGAAUAUAAAAUUGGAUAAAAGAUCAGAAAUAUUUAUGAACCUACAUGGAGCUCUUGAUGAUGUCAUGUUAAAGUAUAAAGGGCAGCACAGUUUUCUCUACAAUGUUAAAACAGGCACAGUUCCCAUUGUUAUUCAUGGAAAUGGACCAAUUAAGCCAGAGUUUAACAGACUUGCUAAUUAUUUAGCGGACAGUUGGACAUCAAGUUCAGGAUGUAUUGCCUGUCAGGAAGAUACCAUUAAUCUUGAGGGAUUGCUGGAAGAGGAUUAUCCAUCUAUUGUACUGGGAGUGUUUGUGGAGCAUCCAACACCAUUUCUUAGGAAUUUCAUUACUGUUUCUCGUUUUGUAUUUUAUUUUCAGUUAAGAAAUCACCAGAAUGAGAUAGAUUUAUUCUUGAACAAGGUUGGAAUAUUGUACAAGUCUGUCAAUACUAUAGGUUCAUAUGACAGUAUUGGUGAAGCAGCAGCCAGGAACUGGGCUAUAGAAGAAUGUAUAAAGAAAGAUUGUCAGUAUUUCUUCAACGUGGAUGGUGAUGUUCAUCUUGAAAAUGAUCAAACAUUAAAACUAUUGAUACAUCAGAACAGAUCAGUUUUAGCUCCACUUGUUACUAGAGACGUGGUAAAGCAUGGUCUAAUUUCUGGGGAGCUCUCAGUGCCACAGGUUUCUACGCUCGGUCGGAAGACUACAUGGAUAUUGUACAUGGUGAUAAAAUGGUUAUUUUAUGUUUGUUACAAAAACAGGAAAGAGUUUGGUUACCUGAUCAACUCAGAUGGAGCACAGACUGGUAGACUUCAUAUUGGAAUUAUGGGAAAUAUUUAA